AUGCAAUCCUACGCCUUGUUCCUUCUAGCAUGUAUUGCUACAACUGCCUCCGCGGCCUGUGACCGAGAAGACCUCAAGGAUUUGGCCGUGCAAUAUGUUGACGCCCAGGCUACCGGCAGCGUCGAGGACAUGCCUCCAUUCAUCGAUGUCGCAACCUACUCCGAAAAUGGCCAAGCCAUGGACGUCCGCUCUGGUAUCUUGACACAAUCCCUGAAUAUCGACCACAACCGAAGCAUUCACGAUACCGUUCAGUGCGCCACAUUCACCGAACUCAUCGUGACUGACCCUGACCACCCAUAUGUCAUCGGCACGAGGAUCCUCUAUACCGACGAUGGCGAGAUCUCGCACAUGGAAUCGAUCGUGACCGACCAGGGCGACUGGCUCUUUAACGCUACCGGGUACCUGUACUGGAACUCUCUCGAAGAUUGGGACCCGAUACCCGUAGAGAAGCGAGACACACGCGCGGUGAUCAAAGCCGGCGGAGAUGCCUACUUUGACCGGUUUGACAACGUCAGUGUCCAGGUGCCCUUUGGUCCGACGUGCGCACGGCUAGAGGGAGGCGCGUACACCGGAGAGAGCAACCCGACCGGCGAAACAUGCAGCAUCGGCGGCCUGCCUAGCAGCAUCAAGAUCCCCUACCGUCGUUACAUUGUUGAUGAGGAGUACGGAGCCGUGGAUAUGUUUAUCGGGUUUCCGGGGCUUGAUCGCAGUGUCCCAGACCAGGCGAUGCCUGACAGUCACAUAUUCAGGGUCGAGGGUGGAAAAAUCAAGUGGAUUCACACCGUGUCCUCCUGUGUCAAUGCGGGGUGUGGGCUCAAUGCGAGCAUCAAUGGGACUACUCUUGGAAGGAGGAGUGUGAAGUACAAUCACCGGCCUGUGCGGCUGUGA